GGUAGUUCAUAUGAUUGUGUUUAUGGUUUGUCUUUAUUAUUAUUAUUAUUGCUGUUGUUGUUUUUCGUACUCCAUUUCUUGAAUCCCACUGCUGCUCAAUUAAUUACAAUACCUUGCUCGUUACUGUUCAUGGCUAUAAAGCCUUUACUUCUGGAGAUUAUUAAUACAUACCGUCUGUCCAAAUAUUUUCACUUUUUCAUGGUAUCCUUGCCCUUCUUGUAAUGCUUUAGACAAUACUUGGUGAUUGGCUCUGCUUUGAACUUGUCAAGUGAGAUGCAUAAAUAAUGCUGUUUCUUUUUUUUUUAGACUUUCUAAAGUUAUAAUUAAUUUUCUGACAUUUUUAAUUAGUUUCUGCAUGUUUGAAGUAUAUUUCAAUAUUUGUAAUUGUAAGGGGCAAUUCAUCUAAAUACUAGCAUGUUUCUUUAAUUCUAUGUUGUUUAUUACAGUCCUUUUUUUUUUGUGCAGUCCCUGAGAAACCUGUAAUUAUUUCAAUAUAUUGUCAACAUUCUUGAAAGUGAUUUUGUACCGCGCAAUAGUGCAUAUGAAGGUAGUUCAUAUGAUUGUAUGUAUGGUUUUAUGGAUUUAACUCCAUGGCUACAUUCUUAAGCUGUAAAUCACUGUUGUUUGUAGGUCUCAUGAGCUGGGUGCAUUUAAAAGAGUCUUUGCUUAACAUGCUUUUGGUAUACGAUGAACCUAAAUGGAAGCUUGAAAUUGUUGUGCAGUACUUUUGGAAAUAUGUGGGAAAGCCUUCUGUCCGUACUCGUAGGUCUAAUGGUUCUGUAGAUGAUACAACAUUUAGUGGAGCAUUGAAGUGCUUUUCAGAUAUCACCGGCACAAAAAGCGCUGUUAAAAGAAUUGGGACUGAAGUAAUUCAGUUACUCUUAGUACAUGGAUUUCAGGGAGCUUUGGAAGAUGAACUAUCCGCAGCAGAGAGCCAGCAAAAACCAUAGACACAGUAUUAAGAUGGCGCAAAUGCGAGAUUUGGCAGGGUUUGUCGAGACAAAACAACAGCUCUUGUCUCUAAAAUCAAAUCAUCGUAUGAAUUGGAUCGGCUUUGCUGUUGCUCAUCAUUUAAACUCAAAGUACGAAUUUGACCUUAUUUAUUGAUCCUUUAUUUAUAUAUAUUUAUAUAUUUAUCUUUCUAGUGGCCAUCAUUUACAGUGACAAA